UGAUCGGGGAGAAUUCUAAGAAAGAUCUGGAACAUGUGGCAUUGCUUGGAUUUAGCUGACGUCUGACCCUGAAGCAGGGUGCCGAGUAGUUAGGAGGAACCUGAGGUUUCCUGUGGGGACGGGUGGAGCAGGGUAGUAGGAGACAGCACUCACUUCUUUUGUUACAGCAGGCCUUCCGGAGCGUGCUUUUGCUUUGUUUCUUAUCGUCCCACCUAACUGAUCUUCCUUCCCGUUAGUCCAACAGACCGCCAGAAAUUCAUCAUUUGGGGAGCAGUGCUGACCUCUUUGCUCCUUCUUGGGCUCCUCAUUGCAGGUAUUGUGCAUACCAAGAAAACCUCCUCCAAAUCGGGAACAGGAGGAGCAGAAGCAGAGCCAGCAUCCUUCCUUUCCCUGGAGAUCUCCCUGGGGAUCAAACUGAGGGUUGGCAGAGAGGACCAGCAUGGCCCCAGAAAUCCUGCAGCUGCUGUUGCUGCUGCUGCUGCCAUCCCUGGGCAUCUCAGGCAAGCCACGGAGGAGUGUGGUUCAGCUCCCGGGCUCUGGAAGACAAGACGUUCAGACUGAGAAGGCACACAAACUGGAGGGGGAGACAUUCAGUGCGAACUGCUCCUAUACGCUCCAGGAAAAUAAAACUAUUUGGAUUUCUUGGUGUAAAAUGCAAGAGAAUAGAGAGGACUGCAAUAUAGUACCCUUAGAAACAAGGUCCAGUUUUAAAGUAGCAGACCGAAUAUACUUGUCCUCUGCUGACGUCAAUAGUGGCAUCGUCACUAUCAUGAUGUCGGGACUCAGAGAAAAUGAUUCAGGUUUCUACAAGUGUGGAAUUCUAUCAAAUUCUCCUGAGAAUGAAGUCAUCAGGAGAUUCCACCUCCAGGUGUCCCCAGCUCAAACACAGAGCCCCAGGAAUCGUAUCCAGGCUAACUCAGAGGACACUUCCAACAACACUAACAGUUCUUCAGAGAAGAAAUUCAUCAUUUUGGGUGUGGUCCUGUCUUGCCUGCUCCUAUUAGUGCUCCUUCUUGUAGGCAUAAUUUGUGCCAGAAGAAUCUACCAGAGAGCAGAGAAAGGUGAUGACUCUGAGACCCAGGGAGAGAAGUUAAAGGGCUCUAACAUGAAGAUGGACAGCAAUGAGGAUGCUAAAGAUAUCCAUUAUGCCACAGUGUCCAAAAGAAGCCACAGAGAACUGAUCAAUGUUCAGACUCAUACUCCUGUUGAGACUGUGCAAUAUGCCACCAUAACAAAGAACCGACAUCAGUUGCCCAAAUCAAUUCCUCAUCAGGAUCCAGUAUAGAGGGAAUAAGAGAGUUAACUAUCAGCAAUGUUGGUGAAACACUCUUCCUCCAGCAGAGAAGUGUUGGAACAAAGAUAUAUGGAAAAGAGAUAUAUGUCAUUAGACAUGGACUCUAUAUGGAUUUGUUUUGCUUGGCUAUGUUUCUUUAUUGUAAGGGAGAGAUCUCUGGGGUUGGGGGGGCAGAAAAAAUAACAUUGUUUAAAUAUAUGUAUAUAUGUAAUAUAUAUGUAUAUAAUUUGGGAUCUCAUUGAGAUGGAUAUUCUCUUCAGUGCUGCAGAUACCAACUCAUCCAUGACCUUCCAUCCCAUGUAAAUUACCUUUCCCAUCUGGAAAGUCCUCCAUGAGAAGUCAGCCCAGCAUCCUUGAGGAUUUCUGGGGAUUUCCAUUUUUUUUACUUAUCAGCAGAUUUUGUGAAUUUUCCAUUAGUUAUUCUUGACCCUUGCCACAUGACUGACCCACUUUCUUUUCUGGUUUUUCAUCUCUGUGACAACAUGUUUCUUACCCAGAAUUUGAUUGGUCAUGAACUACAGCCUACUCACACCCCCAAUGCACUUCUCCAUUUCAUUUAAGUGCUUUAUGCUUCAAUUCUUCAGAAAUCCUUUUUUUCUAUGACUGCUUUUCAGACAUCAUCAUUGGAAGAACCUUGAUUAAAUAUGAGCCUUUUUUUUCAGGAAGAAAUUCAAGGGGAAUAAAACACUUGUGCCUGACAA